AUGUCGAACACUGCCUCCACGCUUUCCCAACGCUACUGCAAGUUUGCCAACGUGACCUUUCCGUCGGCGGUCGACGAUGGCGUGUACCGCGUCAGCGUCAAGACGGACAAGGCGCAAACCAGCGCGGUCAUCUGGCUCGAGUCCAAGAAGACCAAGCUCCAGUGGGCGUGCGUGAUUGAAGGCAUGGCCGAGCUCAUGACAACUGAGGAUUUUGUCUUGCCGAGUAUUGCAGUCUUGCAUGCUAUCAAGGACGGACUUGCCGCCAUCGUUGGCCCCAAUACGCCGGAGGCCAAGCUCUCUUCCUCAAGCAUCGUUGACCUUACGAUGAAGAAGGACACGCUGGCGCUCGAUCUCGCGAUCCACCUCUCGCCCGUGUGGACGGCGACGUACCGCUUUGAGAUGACACCUAUCGAAGUCAAGCUCGUCGACAUCUUGGAGGCUCGCAUUCGCGACCUCGAGGAAGCCAACGCUCGACCGCGCGUGGCGUUCUGCACCUUGACGACGACGACAGAAAUAGGAGGUUCCCUGUGUGAGUGGACAGCUCCGUCGCCGCAUGAAGCGGCGGCACUCGUUCACCUCGAAGGCGGGACCAGCAAUGUCACCGUGCUUCAGGCAGGCUUGUACCACAUCCACUGCACUUUUACAACGGAGACGGGUGAAAUCACACUGUACGUUGACGAGGCUGACGCCGGGACGGCACCCUAUACGUGCUACAAGCCGAACGAAGACGAAGCGAGUUGGUACUAUCAAGCCGACGUGACGCACGUUGCGCAGCUAGCUGCUGGGGCUCGCAUCGAGCUUGACGGGGGCCUCUACGAAACUACUAUUCCCGGGUCGAUGACCAUCCUCAAGCUCCAACAAGGCGCCUUCUAA